AAAACUCGGCACCCCGGGAGGGAUCGCAGUGUCGCCCGUUCUAGAAGGGAGCACGUCCGAGGAUGAAGAUGGGAAAGGAUGAGGCCAGGUUCCCUCCGCCAAGAGAGGCUUUGGAGAGACCCAGUAAAGACCUUCCUGUCCUCCAGGACGCCGUGGGCCUCAAACCCAGAAGGGAUCUGGCGGGAGAGAGGCAGCCCUCCAAAGCUGCGCCUGCCGGGAGAUCCCUCAGACGGGCACUUCUCCAGCAGGUGAAGGAGGAACCGCCGGAAGGUUCGGCCCAGCGCUGGGAAAGCCAGUGGCAGGAGUUCUUAAGGACCGCCGAAGCUCCUCCUCACUCUGGCUGGGGACCCCCACCGUUGUGGGCACCGCCGACCCCAUGGGACAACGCCACGGCUUUCCUCGCCGCCUUCGAACAAGUGGCUGAGGCUUGCCGGUGGCCGAAGGGCGAGUGGGCGAGCCGGCUGCUGCCGGCCCUCAGCGGCGAAGCCAAACUGGCCUUCCACAGCCUGGAGGCGGGCGACCGAGAAGACUACGGGAAGGCGAAGGCCAUCAUCCUGCGGUGGGAGGCCCUCAGCCGGGAGAGGUGGCGCCAGCACUUCCGGCGGUUCCGCUACCAGGAAGCCCAGGGGCCGAGAGGCGUUUACAGCCGGCUCCAGGAACUUUGCCGCCAGUGGCUGAAGGUCGAGAGGCACUCCAAGGAGCAGAUCCUGGAGCUGCUGAUCCUGGAGCAGUUCCUGAUCAUCCUUCCCCCGGAGAUCCAGAGGUGGGUCCGGGAGCAUGGCCCGGAGACAUCCUCCCAGGCCGUAGCCCUGGCAGAGGAGUUCCUGCUGAGGCAGCCAGAGGCAGAACGAGGGGACAGCCAGGUGAGACGUUGGCGUGUAUUUGCAGGGUUUGAAGAGGACGUUUCCUGCGAGGGUGACCGGGAUCUGUCUGAGAUUGAACUCUGCAUCAAAACCAAGCAGGAGGAAGAUGAUGAGGAUGGCGAGGAUGAUGGUGACCCUGGAAAGGAUAGCCUGCUGGCAGGCAAAGAAUGGACAGCCGUAGAUGAUGGGGAAAAAUAUGUACCGGGAGAAUCUGAACCAGUGGGACUGUGUGAGACAUCAACGUGGAAAAUGGUAGAGAACUUUUCUCUACAUCAUGAGCGAGAAAAUUCCUCAGCAAGUCCACAGAGAGCAGCUUUCUGGCAGGAGGUCUCCUCAGAUCGCUCCGUUUCUUGUGGGGAAGAUCUCAAGGACCCCGCCAUCCAGAUAGAAAUUGGCUCUGUCUUUAUUCUCACAGGCGAUGUGUGGGAGUGCGAAGAGGAGACGCCUCAGAUUUCUUUUGAGAGAAUGAGAUGCGAGGAGUUGAGAGAGGGCCUUUGGGAUCAGCGUGGACCAGAGAUGAAAGAAGGAAACUAUACCCCGAAGAAGAUGAACCUACCCACUCUUUACCAGGAUAGGGACUUCUGCGAUAUCCUGAGCCAGCAGAAACCUCUAGAAAGCCAAAAGAACAAGUGUUUCGCUGCUCACUGGGCAAUCCGCUCAGACGGGAAAACGGACCAAAGCUUAGCCUUUACGAACAGUUUUGUCGAGGGCCGCAGCCUUCCUCAGUUUCAAAUGCUUCACGAAGAAGAGAAACCGUAUAAGUGUUUUGUGUGCGGAAAACGUUUCACGCGAAGCACCAACCUUACCGCCCACCAAAGAAUCCACACAGGGGAGAAACCGUACGGUUGCCCGGACUGUCCCAAGAUGUUCACGAGCCAGUCGGAUCUCAUUAAACAUAAGAGGAUUCACAGAGGAGAAAAACCCUAUAAAUGCUUUGUAUGCGGAAAGAGCUUUAGUCAAGGUGGACACUUGACUGCACAUCAGAGAAUUCACACUGGGGAGAAGCCCUAUAAGUGCUUGGAAUGUGGGAAAAGCUUCAGUAAGAACACCAACCUUACUCUGCAUCAGAGGAUUCAUACCGGGGAGAAACCUUACAAAUGUUUGGAGUGCGGGAAGAGUUUCACUUGGAAUUCGAACCUCACUUCUCAUCAAAGGAUCCACACAGGGGAGAAGCCGUUUCAAUGCUCAGAUUGUAACAAGUGUUUCUGUAACCACUCGACCCUUAUUAAGCACGUGAGGAUCCACACAGGGGAGAAACCCUAUAAAUGCUUUGCGUGCGGAAAGAGCUUCAGCCAGAGCUCCAGUCUGACGGCGCAUAAGAGGAUUCACACCGGGGAAAAACCGUAUCAAUGUUCCGAGUGUGGGAAAAGCUACAGUAAAAACACAAACCUUAUUUCACACCAGAGAAUUCACGUGAUGGGAAAACUGCAUAAGUAAAUACAGUGGCGCCCUGCAUGACGACGAUCCCGCAGAAUGAUGAAAUCGCAUGACGAUGACUUUUUUGCAAUCGC